AUGGAAUUAAAUAGCCCUUCACCAGGCAAGAAACAUAUACAAUCAAAUAGUAAAGUAUUAGCUAACAAUGAAAUCAUGACGCCCUCCCCUAGAAGGAGACUCUCCUCAAAGACAAAUUCGUUAAAUUUAAACUCAUCAUCGUCAUCGCUAGGUACAUCAUCAAAACAAACAAUAGGACUCAACACAAAUUAUAGGAUAGUGCGUAACCUGAAAUUAUUGUUAAGGAAAACAGCUGGUCUGGUUUAUCCUGUGCAAGAAUCGUCACAAGCUUUGUUAAAUAGUUCGCUGGACCUUGCCACUACGGUUGUAGGUCCUGCUACAUCUCAACCAUCUUUACAAGAUAUUCUUAAAUAUGCCAAUCUUCAUAAUAAGUCAUUAUUGUCUGAGAAUAUAUCUAAAAUAUGUUGCAAAUUACAAUCAGAAGGUGUGUUUUUAGAAAAAAUAACAAGAAAUAAAAGAAGAUGGUACCUGUUCAAACUAGAUAGUGAAAGUAGUUCCCUUAUGUGGAAACAAGGUAACAAAAUAUUAGAAUUGGAUUCAAUAAGAGAUGUCAGGAUUGGGAAAAUGGCUAGCAACUACCGUGAAGAGUAUGGUAUCUCAGAUAGCUAUGCCGACCUUUGGUUAACAAUAAUAUACAGUGCGUCAAAUAAACUAAAAGCAUUACACGUAAUCGCAGAGGAUAAAGAUAGAUUUGAUGCGUUCUUAAAUGUCAUAUGUGGAUUAGUUUCUAGAAGGAGAAAAUUGAUGGAAAGUAUAUCGAUUCCUGACAGUGAACGAUUUGCAAAAAUUCAUUGGGAGACCACCGUUUCAGAACGGGAAGAAGAUAGGUCGAGUGAUACUCUGACAUUUAUGGAGGUUUCAAAACUUUGUAAGCGAUUUCACAUUUACUGUUCAAAGGACCAUUUAUGGAAAAUAUUUAAUAUUGCAGAUGUUAACAACAACCAAUUAUUAAACUUUAAAGAAUUCCAACAUUUUGUCGAAUUACUCAGAGAACGUAACGAGGUGAAUCAUAUUUGGAAAAAGCUUGUUAAAAAUCGAACAUCUAUGAAUCUGGACACUUUCUGGUACUUUCUGAGGUAUGUUCAAAUGGAGGACGUGCUCACGGAGAACGAAUGUGAGAUUCUCUUUGAUAAGUAUAAAAAUCCAAAGACCCUGUUACUGGAUGAAGAAGCCUUUCUUCAGUAUUUAAGAAAUGUCCCCUUUAUGACAGAUGAAGCAGAAAAUUCAUUUGAUUAUUCAAAACCCUUAAAUCAUUACUUUAUUGCAUCGUCUCACAACACAUAUUUACUCGGGAAACAAAUAGCCGAAACCCCGUCCGUGGAGGCUUAUAUUCAAGUCUUACAACAGGGUUGUCGGAGUGUUGAAAUUGACAUUUGGGAUGACGAAUGUGGCCCGGUGGUAUGUCAUGGAGUACUGACAGCAGCUAUUCCUUUAGGAAAUGUUCUGAAAGUUAUUAGAAAAUACGCAUUUAUAUCAUCUCCGUUUCCAUUAAUCAUCUCAUUAGAAAUUCAUUGUGAUAAAAAUAACCAGAAGAUCACCAAGGAGAAAAUAGAAAAGAUAUUCGAAGGUUUCUUAUAUACCGAUGUAAAGGAUAAUGACGAUUUGCCAUCACCGUUGGAACUUCGUCAUAAGAUUAUUAUAAAAUCAAAAAAGCCCAAGCAUUAUGAUGCUGAAGCACAGAUCUUCACAACAGAAAGUUCCCCAAAGGCUGGUUCCUCUUCGAAUCUUGAUUACUCCUCUACUUUUGGAAGUUCUCAUUAUGAUGACUCUGAGGAAUACACAUCUACGGGCAGUACUACUACAAAGUCUCGUAAAUCCUCAAUAUCGGGAUCAAAACCAAUCAAUAAUAUCCAACAGAUGUCACCUAAUGAACCGACUAAUUUCAAUAGAAUCAAGAGAAUUGGUACCAUUGCUGGGCGCGUCGUGGUUAUUAAAGAUUUAAUAGACAUAUCUGCAAUAUAUGGUGUAAAAUACAGAAAUUUUUCUUUACCUGAAUCAAAAACGGUUUCACAUUGUUUUUCUUUAAAUGAAAAGAAAGUUAAUAGUAUGUGUAAGGACAUUUCACUCAAAGUAUCUCUAGAUAAACAUAAUAGGAGGUAUCUUAUGCGACUUUAUCCCCAUGUAUUCAGAUAUAAAUCAACAAAUUUCGAUCCGAUAUAUUACUGGAAGUUAGGUAUUCAAAUGGUGGCUACUAAUUGGCAAACAAAUGAUUUAGGACAGCAAAUAAAUUUAGCCAUGUUUCAAUUGACUAAUCAGAAGAAUGAAAUUGCACAUUCAGGGUAUGUCUUAAAACCUUUAUCAUUAAGAUCAAAGGUUGGCAAAGUUAAUGAAUUAAUCUCGAUGUAUAAAAAAUUGCGUGAUGAAAACUUGUCUCAACCUACAGAAGUCAAAAUUAAAAUAUUAUCUGGACAAUUACUCCCAAAGAUAGAGCCUAGUUCUACAAGUGAUAGUGAUUUUGCACCUUAUGUAAUUGUAAAGUUCAUUAGUGAUGAAGAAUCGAUUAUGAAUCCAGUUCACUACAUGAAAAAUUGUACGAAAUUGUCAGAUACAGAGACUAGAAGUGGAUCAUGUCCAGGUAAUGGAUUCAAUCCUGUUUGGAAUGCAGAGAGUAAUAUUACUUUGAGUUCCUUAGACUUUAGCUUUAUCCAUAUUAUUGUAAAGACAGGUGAAACCAUGUUAGCUUCCUGUACCAUUAAGAUUGAUUAUUUAAAACGUGGUUAUCGUCAUUUACCAUUGUACAGCAUUGAUGGAGAACGUUAUAUCUUCUCUACACUCUUUAUAUAUUCAGAAAUCUCCCAAUCAGAGAUAGAAUGA